AUGGCAUCGACUUCGGUCUCCAGUAGCAAUGUCGUCGGAGUCCACUACCGUGUUGGCAAGAAGAUAGGAGAGGGUUCCUUUGGCGUGAUCUUCGAGGGCACCAAUCUGCUCAACAACACCCAAGUCGCAAUAAAAUUCGAACCAAGGAAGUCCGAUGCACCACAACUGCGCGAUGAAUACCGCACCUACAAGAUCCUGGUUGGCUGCCCUGGCAUCCCCAAUGUCUACUACUUCGGUCAAGAAGGCCUACACAACAUUCUCGUCAUCGACCUACUCGGACCUUCCCUAGAAGACCUCUUCGACCACUGCGGCCGCCGCUUCACCGUCAAGACCGUCGUCAUGGUGGCCAAACAGAUGCUCUCACGCGUACAGACCAUCCACGAGAAGAACCUCAUCUACCGCGACAUCAAGCCCGACAACUUCCUCAUCGGCAGACCGAACACGAAAGCACAGAAUGUGAUCCACGUCGUCGACUUUGGCAUGGCAAAACAAUAUCGCGACCCGAAGACGAAGCAGCAUAUCCCAUAUCGUGAGAGGAAGUCGCUCUCCGGAACCGCUCGAUACAUGAGCAUCAACACCCACCUCGGCCGCGAGCAGUCAAGACGAGACGACCUUGAAGCACUCGGUCACGUCUUCAUGUACUUCCUUCGAGGCGGACUCCCAUGGCAGGGCUUGAAGGCAGCUACAAACAAGCAAAAGUAUGAGAAGAUCGGCGAGAAGAAGCAGACCACAGCUAUAAAGGACCUGUGCGAAGGCUUUCCCGAGGAGUUCAACAAGUACUUGUCGUACGUCCGCAACCUGGGCUUUGAGGACACACCUGACUACGACUACCUACGCGACCUGUUCACAAAGGCGCUCCAGAACAACGGCGAAGUGGAGGAUGGAGAGUACGAUUGGAUGAAGUUGAACAACGGAAAGGGAUGGGAUGUACCGAGCAGACCCUCUGCACGUGAGCAUGGAGGCGCGUCAAAUGCGGAUAUCAACCGCGUCGCGCUACGCGCGUCGAACACACCCCAACUCGACCGCGAGAAGCCACUCCCUAGCAAGCCAGGGGCCGUCCGACAACCUCAGCAGCGCUCGCAGCAACAGCUGCCACCAGCGCGUCGUGCACAGGGUGCUCUCGAACCAAACGUGGACCGCCGUAGCACGGCGGCGCAAUUUCAGAGCAGCAGAGCCGACCUCGCUCCGCCGGCGGCUGCGGCCGCGCCGGUGAGGCAGGCUCACCCAGAGCCGCCCAAGGAGGGCGCUCUCGAAAAGCUACGCAAGGUGCUCUGCUGCGCAUGA